AUGUAUCAACCACAAUACGGCGUGCCGCAGCAAGGCAUGCAACAAGUUCCGUAUGGCAUGCCCGGUAUUCAGGCCGCCGCAAUGGCUGCCACGGCCGCUGCCUCCGGCUCAAAUUACCCCUACAUGCACUCGGAUCCCAGCAUGCCUCAAACCUCACCAAGAAUGGCCGACGGCUCCAAGAAGGACAGCCGGCAAUCGCCGAGAAUGAACAACAUGUCGCAAAUGCCCCGAAGGAUGAGCCAAGUUACAAGUCCAGGUAUGCCCAAUGCCCAGGGCAUGAUGAGCCACGCCGCAGGAAGGCCAGUUGCGCCGCCCCAAAUACCACCCGGCCAAGCGAUGCCACACCCUCAAUCGCCUGAAAUGCCUGCUGGCGGUGCUGAAGAGUCUCCUCUCUACGUCAACGCGAAACAGUUUCACCGUAUUCUGAAGCGCAGAGUUGCCCGCCAGCGACUAGAGGAGCAACUGCGACUCACAUCCAAGGGCCGCAAGCCGUACCUUCAUGAAUCACGCCACAACCAUGCUAUGCGACGGCCUCGUGGCCCCGGCGGCCGCUUCUUGACGGCUGAAGAGGUUGCCGCCAUGGAGAGAGAGGCGAAAGGAGAAGACGGAGCCAAGGUUGAAGGUGGCGACAAUACCAGCGACAAGCCGACAGAAUCUGUGGGAAGCAAGCGCAAGUCUGAAGCCGAGGCCCGGUCGCCCAACAAGAAAUCCAAGACAGACGCACAAAAUUCAGAAGAAGACGCAGCAGAGGAUGAUAGCUGA